AUGCUCAUCUUCGGCGAGCAAAUAGAUAACUCCCUAUGCGUGGUCAUGGGAUUCAGCACUCUAGCUGCUGCGGGCCUAGGCAACGCCUUUUCUGACCUCGCCGGUGUUUUUGCCGGCUCUCAUAUAGAGCAUCAAGCUGAGCUGCGUGGUAUCAAGGUGCCACAAGUAUCCCUCCAAACACAGAGGAGUCGGAAGUUCAAAAUGGCUAAGAGCUUCGGGCAGGCCGCAGGGCUCUUCUUCGGGUGUCUUAUCGGGAUGGCACCCCUACUAUGGUUGGACCCGCUCAAGGCUGAGCGCACUCGUUUACAGAAUAAACGGCGAGAGAUAUUCAAUGAAACCAUUGGUGAAUUGUGUAAGAUUCUUGGAGCUAAAAGUGGGGUGUUGAUGCUGGUGGACAAGGAGAAGAAUGAGCUUUUCAGCGAGACGGGUGACUCUAAGGGUGUUUUCAGGUCACCGAUUGAUGCGGAUAAAGCAGGCAUCAUGGGAUAUGUCGCUGCUACUGGGCAGAUGGUCAAUAUCGAGGAUGUCUCCAAGACUGAUUUUUAUGACAAAACAAGGCAUGAUAAUUAUCAUGGUCAUGGCUUUGAGGCUGGUGCCGUUAUAUGCAUGCCCAUCUUUGACUCCUUAGGGAACGUAUUAGGGGUCGUAGAACUGGCGAAGUCUCGUCACUCUGGUAGAACAUUCAGUGAGAAGGAUGAAGAUCUGCUAGCUGCAAUGUCCUCGCAUAUUGCUACUUAUUUACGCGGCGAGGAUGCUCCUCAAGGCUUCAGAGCUGUUUUGCAUGCCUGUUCCUCCAACAUGCUUGUCAAGUCUUCUCGAGUUCUCCUUUCGCAACAACAAAGGGAGGAAAGGCUCUUCGCUGAUGUGAUGCAAGAAGUGAAGAGGAUCAUGAAAGCUGAGGCGGCCAUGUUGAUGCUCAUGGACGACUCCUCCUCCCCUGAUGAGCCACCAGUACUUUACACUAAGUACUGUGAAGGGAUUGAUAUCAGCGAGACGACGCCUAUUGACACGGGCAUCAUGGGUUAUGUUGCUCGAACAGGGAAGCCAUUCAUUGCUGAUGAUGUGAGAGAAGCCGGUGAUUUGUACGAUCCUCAACGUCAUGAGAACUACAGAGGCACUGGCAAGCCGGUCCGAUCUGUCAUGUGUAUCCCGAUAUUCGAUACACGGAGGAGGGUUAUUGGCGUAAUUGAAGUUAUCAAUAAGAAAUCACAGCGGGGCGACUUGGACUUUUUCACGGAGCGAGAUAAGGAUAUUCUCGGUAACAUAGCCAAUCAUGUUGCAUUGAAUGUUGAAGGUACAGGAUCUAGUUUGAGGAAGGUGCUUCGUAUGGUCCGGGAACAGAGCAACACUACAGCGCAGAUCGUGCGCUCUGCAUCAUCAUCACUCAGGCCGAUUCAGCUAGAUCCCGACCAGUCGAGAUCACAACCUAACCUAGUCGUGAAGGUGGCACGCGGCACCCAGACGACAUCUACCACGGAGCACAAGCCUGUCUAG